AUGCCAUUCAACGGCACCUACAUCGAAUACGUCAUCGCUGUCGUCAACAACAGCAGUGUGGGAGACACUCAGUCCCUGCCCAGUAUAGACACAGGGAGGCUUAUAUGGAAAGUCGGCAGUCCCUUAAUUAUAAUUUUUGGCACGUUUGGUAACAUCAUGGUCUUUCUUGUUCUUAAUGAUAGAAACGUCACCCACCCCAGCAUGGCCGUGUACCUCCGGGUGCUGGCUGUCUCCGAUCUCAUCGCCAUCCUUGACAACAUCAUGUUCAGGUGGAUUCGGUUUCAGUUCGGAUUCGAUGUGUGGGUUGUCCACGAGGCGAUUUGUAAGCUAAGUACUUGGACUUAUUAUAGCUGUAGUACAAUGUCCACGUGGACAUUGGUCGUCAUGGUAACACAGCGGGCAGUAGCUGUAGUUUGGCCUCAUAAGGUCAGUAGUUCUAGUUGUAAGUACUCGCUGUCGUGUACUAUCGCCCUGCUGCUUGUAUUCUCCAUGACCAUCAACUCACAUUUUCUCUACUUUUCUACGAUUAUUAAUAUGAAAUUUGAAAAUGUUACCGUGACGAGGUCGUGCAAUGAGAAUUACGACGAUGAGGUGACGACCACUGUCUUCAAAGUGUGGUUUUGGAUCAACACUCUGACAUCAUCCUGUCUUCCUUUCGCCAUCCUUCUCAUCGAUGAUGUCAUCUUGAUCAGACGAGUCGUCACGGCAACACGAGAAGCUCGCGAUCGCCUGGCUGUCGGCAGCACGCAGCAGGUUAAAGUUCGCGAAAAGAAAGCGGUUUCCAUGACAGUGACUUUGAUUGUUACCUCCCUAACCUUCUUCUUUCUCACUUUCCCGUAUUGCGCGUUUACAGUGACACAGAUGCUCCUGAUCGACAGCGUCUUCGCAGAUAAAAGCUUGUUUGAGAUGGUGACUCUAAUCUGGAGUGUGUGUACGCUCGUGUGGUGCUGCAACAACGCCGUCAACUUCUACCUGUACUGCUGGACGGGAACGAGGUUUCGAACGAGGGCGAAGCAGCUUCUGUGUUGCUACAAAAUGGAGCGAACUGUUGGAAGCUGCGAAACAGUUGCAGCGACAGGCAAGCACUUCAAGAAGACAGCAAGUGGAGAUGCUUUUGAAGAUUUCUAA